AAUCAAUAUUUGACCUCCAUGAAAUGAGUAUACUCUAAUAUGUAACUAUACAUACGUAUAUGGAGUCAAGAUGAUUUUGAAGAAAAGUCAAGUACCAAGAAUACAAAGCCAAAAAACUUAAACAGGUGGUUAAACAAAGUCCACUGGCGGAUUGCAAAACAAAAGACCGAGUCAAAGAAAGACCAAGCAUGGCUACACGUCUUCUGACCAAAACCCACGAGCUUAUUCGUAUUAAGCAUCCCAUUAAAAGGCAAAUUCAGAGAUUGGGUGGGGCUAAAAAGAGAUAUGAAGGCGUGGGUCGAGAAGAAAACUGGCAAUGGAAACGAUGACCAAAAAGUGACGAGGUUUGAUCGGUGCUUGUCGUUCAUGGAGAUAAAGACGCAGAAGAAGAAGACGUUGGAAGAGAUGGAUUCGUUCAAGCUGAAGGAAGAGAUUCGAAGAUGGGCGAAGCGCGUAGCUGCUUAUGCUCGUCAACUUAGCUCCCGUAUCGGCAAUAGCGCUAGACGAAGCUUUCGGAGCUUUUCUUCUUCUUCUUCUUCCUCUUCGUCUUCAAAACGUGUAGAAAUAAAGUAAUUAUUUUCUCCUUAACAAAAAAUGGUUUUCAUUACAAUGGUUUUCUUUAACAGUUGAUUAUUUAAAUUGUUGGAGGAUUUAAAAAGUUAAUUUGUAUACAGAUAGUGAUUGAAUAGGAUUCCGUUUGAUCAAAGCUAAGAACUUGUCUUUAUAUAAAUUUGUGAAUUCUUCCGAACUCCAUAUUUGUGAGAAGGGAAUAACACAUUGUUGUUUUUUUAAACCGAGUUUCGGAUCGGUUUUUAUUUCGUUUCUAAAUAUU